AUGGCAGAGAUCACGGUGGAUUCCGCAGUCUCGCAGGAUGACCUAGUCAUUCCACUCAUAGAUUUCUCCGCCUUCCUUUCUGGCAGCCACAUCGCAAGAAAACAGACCGCCGACGCUGUCCUCCAUGGUUUCCAGAACUCGGGCUUCAUCUACCUCAAAAACCACGGUAUAUCGCCCUCUGCCGUAUCCACCGUCUUCUCGCAUUCGGCAAAAUUCUUCGCCCGCCCCAAGGAGCAGAAGGACGCAUUAGCAUGGUACUCGGCCGCAGCGAAUCGUGGCUACACUGCGCAGGGCCGCGAGAAGCUCGUUGUGUUGGAGGAGACAGGAACGGAGGCGGAACUGCGAAAAACCGUGCCAGAUCUGAAGGAGAGCCUGGAGAUUGGACGGGAUGAUCAGCCUGAGACGCCAAACAUGUGGCCCAGCGGGGAUGAGCAAGCGGUAGAAUUCAAGAAGGAGAUGUUGCGCUUUUUUGAAUUGUGUAAGGGCCUUAACAUACAAGUCAUGCGAGCGAUUGCACUGGGUAUGGGUAUCGAGGAGAGUUGGUUCGACAAAUUCACGGAUGCGGGUGACAACACGCUGAGACUGCUGCACUAUCCUAGCGUGCCCAAGUCCAUCUUCAAGAGAGAUGAUGGACACGUACAGGUCCGGGCAGGCGAGCACAGCGAUUACGGCUCGAUAACCCUCCUCUUUCAAGAUGCGCGUGGUGGUCUACAAGUGCGUUCGCCAAAGGGUACGUUCGUCAAUGGGACGCCCAUCGAAGGCACUAUUGUCGUCAACGCUGGCGACCUAUUAACGCGCUGGUCCAAUGACACAAUCAAGUCGACAAUCCACCGCGUCAUAGAGCCGCCGCCAAAGCCAGAGGACGCAGACAAGGAUGAGUACCCGCCAAGGUAUUCAAUAGCAUACUUCUGCAACCCCAACUACGACCGAAUGAUUGAGGCGAUACCAGGGACAUUUGAGAGCACGGGAAGGAAUUAUGAAGAUGUGACAAGCGGGGAUUAUAUCAUAAAGAGGUUAACGGCUACGUACUAG